GAACACAGCGAAGAAACUGGUAGAACUAAGAUGGCGGAGUGUGGGUGAGGAGGUAGCAGAUCAUUGCUCUGGUGUUCUUCGUUUCAGUGAAAAUAUAUGUAAUCACGCCAUUACAGUGCACACGAAAAUAUUAAUUUCCCAAUAAUUCAUACAUAUUCGUGUUAUUUGGGAUUGAACUUAUGACGUCCAUCCACUUCGUGGUACAUCCAUUGCCUGGGACCGAAGACCAGCUCAAUGACAGGUUACGGGAGGUCUCGGAAAAACUCAACAAAUACAACUACAACAGUCACCCCCCACUCAACGUGUUGGAACAGGCCACUAUUAAACAAUGUGUGGUGGGACCAAACCAUGCUGCUUUUCUCCUGGAGGACGGUCGCGCCUGCAGGAUCGGGUUUGCCGUGCAGCCCGACAGGCUGGAGCUGGGCAAACCAGAUGGCGGUGACGGUUCAAAGUUGAGCAGUGGUUCAGGGACAGGAAGGACCCCCAGGCCAGGCAGGACUAAUGAUCCGCCCUGGUUCCUGUCUGGUUCUGACACACUGGGCAGACUGGCAGGCAACACCCUUGGGAGCCGCUGGAGCUCGGCGGUGAACGGCGGAGCGGCGGGGGGCGGCGGGGGCGGGGGCAGCGGCGGAGGGGGCGGAGGAGGAGGAGGCGGGGGAGGAGGUGGAGGAGGCGGGAGCGGGGGCGGCGGCUCCUCCGGCAGGUCGUCGGCGGCGGCGCGGGACUCCAGGAGGCAGACGCGGGUGAUCCGCACGGGGAGGGAGCGCGGCUCGGGGCUCCUGGGGAGCCAGCCCCAGCCCGUCAUCCCCGCCUCCGUCAUCCCCGAGGAGCUCAUCUCUCAGGCCCAGGUGGUUCUUCAGGGCAAAUCCAGGAGCGUCAUCAUUCGCGAGCUCCAGCGCACAAACCUGGACGUGAACUUGGCCGUCAACAACCUGCUGAGCAGGGACGACGAGGACGGCGACGACGGAGACGACACAGCCAGCGAGUCUUACUUACCCGGAGAGGACCUGAUGUCCCUGCUGGACGCCGACAUCCACUCGGCCCACCCCAGCGUCAUCAUCGACGCGGACGCCAUGUUCUCCGAAGACAUCAGCUACUUCGGAUACCCCUCGUUCCGACGCUCCUCGCUGUCCCGGCUCGGAUCCUCACGAGUUCUCCUUCUUCCCCUAGAGCGUGACUCGGAGCUGUUGCGUGAGCGUGAGUCUGUGUUGAGGUUGCGCGAGCGGCGCUGGCUCGACGGGGCCUCUUUUGACACGGAGCGCGGCUCCACCAGCAGGGACGGCGAGCCCGGCCUGGACCGGAAGAGCCCCCCCACGCAGAGCCCCGUCUCCCUGGCCGAGGACCUCCAGUGGUGGCCCGAUAAGGAUGGCACUAAGUUUGUGAGCAUUGGGGCGCUGUACUCUGAGCUGGUGGCUGUCAGUACCAAAGGAGAGCUUUACCAAUGGAAAUGGAGCGAACCAGAACCCUACAGGAACACGCAGAACCCUUCUGUUCACCACCCACGGGCCUCCUUCCUGGGCCUCACCAAUGAGAAGAUCACCCUCCUUUCAGCCAACUGCAUCAGAGCCACUGUCGCCACGGAGAGCAACAAGGUUAGAGCGUGGCUCCACCCCCCGUCCGGCCCUAAGGAUCCAUGGCAAAUGCACGUGGCUCCAUCUUGGGCACCGGCGCAGGCCUUCAGCGAGCUGCAGGGCGAGCGCAUCGUCUCGCUGCACUGCUGCGCGCUCUACACCUGCGCCCAGCUGGAGAGCUGCCUCUGCUGGUGGGGCGUUGUGCCUUUCAGCCAACGUAAGAAGAUGCUGGAGAAGGCCAGAGCCAAGAACAAGAAGCCAAAGUCCAGCGCUGGCAUCUCCUCCAUCCCUAACAUUACUGUGGGAACACAGGUGUGCCUGAGAAACAACCCGCUGUACCACGCGGGCGCGGUGGCCUUCUCCGUCAGCACGGGCGUGCCCAAGGUGGGCGUGCUGCUGGAGUCGGUGUGGAACAUGAACGACAGCUGCCGCUUCCAGCUGCGCUCGCCAGAGAGCCUCAAGAACCUGGAGAAGACCAGCAAAACCCAGGAGGCCAAGACGGAGAGCAAACCGGAGGCGGUGAAGACGGAGAUGGGCCCUCCGCCCUCGCCGGCGUCCACCUGCAGUGACACCUCGUCCAUCGCCAGCAGCGCCUCGCUGCCCUAUAAGCGACGGCGCUCUACUCCCGCCCCCAAAGAGGAGGAGAAAGUCAACGAAGAGCAGUGGCCUCUUCGGGAAGUGGUUUUUGUGGAGGAUGUAAAAAAUGUCCCUGUAGGAAAGGUGCUAAAAGUCGAUGGUGCGUAUGUUGCUGUGAAAUUUCCAGGGACGUCGAGCAGCGUGAGCAGCCAGAGCGCAGCUCCCUCUGACUCUGACCCGUCCUCACUGCUGCAGGACUGCAGGCUGCUCAGAAUAGAUGAGCUGCAGGUUGUAAAAACUGGUGGAACUCCAAAAGUUCCCGAUUGCUUCCAGCGCACUCCUAAAAAACUAUGUAUACCCGAAAAGGCUGAAAUAUUGGCUGUGAAUGUUGACUCCAAAGGAGUCCACGCUGUCCUGAAGACAGGCAGCUGGGUGAGAUAUUGUAUCUUUGAUCUGGCCUCUGGGAAGGCCGAGCAGGAGAAUAACUUCCCCACCAGCAGCCUGGCCUUUCUGGGCCAGAAUGAGCGCAAUGUGGCCAUCUUCACUGCAGGGCAGGAAUCCCCAAUAGUCCUGAGGGACGGAAAUGGAACUAUUUACCCCCUGGCGAAAGACUGUAUGGGUGGAAUACGAGACCCCGACUGGCUGGAUCUGCCCCCCAUAUCCAGCCUGGGUUUGGGGGUUCACUCUCUGGCCAACCUUCCCGCCAACUCGACCGUCAAGAAGAAAGCCGCCAUUAUCAUCAUGGCUGUGGAAAAGCAGACGCUGAUGCAGCAGGUGCUGCGCUGCGACUACGAGGCGUGCCGCCAGUACCUGGCCAACCUGGAGCAGGCCGUCCUGCUAGAGCAGAGCCCCCACGCCCUCAGCGCCCUGCUGGGCCACCGCUGCGACGGCAACCGCAACAUCCUGCACGCCGCCGUCUCCGUCUGCUUCCCCGUCAGCAACAAGGAGACCAAGGAGGAGGAAGAAGCUGAGCGGUCCGAGAGGAACACGUUCGCGGAGAGGCUGUCCGCGGUGGAGGCCAUCGCCAACGCCAUCUCCGUGGUCUCCAGCAACAGCUCGGGGAACAGGACGGGCUCGUCCAGCAGCCGGGGCCUGCGGCUGCGCGAGAUGAUGAGGCGGUCCCUGAGAGCCGCCGGAUUGGGCCGCCACGAGUCGGGCCCCUCCUCCAGCGAGCACCAGGACCCCGUGUCCCCGCCCAUCGCCCCGCCCAGCUGGGUGCCAGACCCCCCGCCCAUGGAUCCAGACGGCGAUAUCGACUUCAUCCUGGCCCCCGCCGUGGGCUCCCUCACCACGGCUUCAUCCGGCACGGGCCAGGGGCCCAGCACCUCCACCAUACCAGGGCCUUCCUCUGAGCCCUCGCUGGUGGAGUCCAAAGACCGGAAGGCCAACGCCCACCUGAUCCUGAAGCUGAUGUGCGACAGCGUCCUGCUCCGCCCCUACCUCCGCGAGCUGCUGUCCGCUAAGGACGCCCGCGGGAUGACCCCCUUCAUGCUGGCCGUCAGCGGCAGGGCCUACCCGGCAGCCAUCACCAUUCUGGAAGCGGCUCAGAAAAUAGCCAAAGGGGACUCUGGCCCGGGGGAGAAGGAGGACACAGACUCUGUGUUCAUGGAAAUGAUCUGUCCCGCCGGGACCAACCCGGACGACUCGCCCCUCUACGUGCUCUGCUGCAACGACACCUGCAGCUUCACCUGGACCGGGGCGGAGCACAUCAACCAGGACAUCUUUGAGUGCCGGACCUGCGGUUUGCUGGAGUCUCUCUGCUGCUGUACCGAAUGUGCCAGGGUUUGCCACAAGGGCCACGACUGCAAGCUGAAGAGAACCUCUCCCACUGCGUACUGUGACUGCUGGGAGAAGUGCAAGUGCAAGACGCUGAUCGCAGGGCAGAAGUCUGCUCGCCUGGACCUGCUGUACCGACUGCUGACCACCACCAGCCUGGUGACCACGCCUAACAGCAGGGGGGAGCACAUCCUCCUCUUCCUGGUCCAGACUGUCGCCAGGCAGAGCGUGGAGCACUGCCAGUACCGGCCCCCGCGGAUCAGAGAGGACCGGAACCGCAAAGCUGCUAACGCCGAGGACUCCGACAUGCCGGACCACGACCUGGAGCCUCCGCGCUUCGCCCAGCUGGCUCUGGAGCGCGUGCUGCAGGACUGGAACGCCCUCAGGUCCAUGGUCCUCUUCGGCUCCCGCGAGAACAAAGACCCCCUGAGCGCCAGCAGCCGAAUCGGGCACCUCCUCCCUGAGGAGCAGGUGUACCUGAACCAGCAGAGCGCCACCAUCAGGCUGGACUGCUUCACACACUGCCUCAUCGUCAAGUGCGCCCCCGACAUCACGUUCAUCGACACGCUGCUGGGCACGCUGGUGAAGGAGCUGCAGAACAAGUACACGCCCGGGCGCAGGGAGGAGGCCGUGGACGUCACCAUGCGCUUCCUGCGCUCGGUCGCCCGCGUCUUCGUCAUCCUCAGCGUGGAGAUGGCCUCGUCCAAGAAGAAGAAUAACUUCAUCCCCCAGCCCAUCGGGAAGUGCCGGCGGGUGUUCCAGGCGCUGCUGCCGUACGCGGUGGAGGAGCUGUGCAACGUGGCCGAGUCGCUCAUCGUGCCCGUGCGCAUGGGCGUGGCCCGCCCCACCGCGCCCUUCACCCUGGCCAGCACCAGCAUCGACGCCGUGCAGGGCAGCGAGGAGCUCUUCUCCGUCGAGCCGCUGCCGCCCCGGCCCUCGCCCGACCAGUCCAGCAGCUCCAGCCAGUCGGCCUCCUCCUACAUCAUGAGGAACCCGCAGCCCCGCCGCAGCAGCCAAUCGCAGCCCGCCCGCGGCCGGGACGAGGAGCAGGACGAGAUCGUGUCCGCCGACGUCGAGGAGGUGGAGGUGGUGGAGGGCGUGGCCGGGGAGGAGGAUCACCACGACGACCAGGAGGAGCAGGGGGAGGAGAACGCCGAGGUGGAGGGGCAGCACGACGAACACGACGAGGAUGGCAGCGACAUGGAGCUGGAUUUGCUGGCUGCAGCAGAGACGGAGAGUGACAGUGAGAGUAACCAUAGUAACCAAGAUAAUGCCAGUGGCCGGAGGAGUGUUGUCACCGCAGCAACUGCUGGCUCCGAAGCAGGUGCCAGCAGUGUCCCUGCCUUCUUUUCAGAGGACGACUCCCAGUCCAACGACUCGAGCGACUCGGACAGCAGCAGCAGCCAGAGCGACGACGUGGACCAGGAGACCUACCUGGUGGACGAGCCGCUGGAGCGGGCGUCGGGCGCCUCGCACGCCAACGGCGCCGCCCAGGCCCCGCGCUCCAUGCAGUGGGCCGUGCGCAGCACCCCCAGCCAGAGGGCCGCCAGCAGCGCCCCCUCCAGCUCCUCCACCCCCGCCGCGAGCUCCACCGGGCUGAUCUACAUCGACCCGUCCAACCUGCGGCGGAGCGGGGCCAUCAGCACCAGCGCGGCCGCGGCGGCCGCCGCCCUGGAGGCCAGCAACUCCAGCAGCUACCUGACCUCCGCCAGCAGCCUGGCGCGCGCCUACAGCAUCGUCAUCCGCCAGAUCUCCGACCUCAUGGGCCUCAUCCCCAAAUACAACCACCUGGUGUACUCCCAGUACCCCGCCGCCGUCAAGCUCACCUACCAGGACGCUGUCAACCUGCAGAACUACGUGGAGGAGAAGCUGAUCCCCACCUGGAACUGGAUGGUGUCCAUCAUGGACUCCACGGAGGCUCAGCUGCGCUACGGCUCGGCCCUGUCCUCCGCCGGCGACCCGGGGCACCCCAGCCACCCGCUGCACGCCUCGCAGCACUCCACCCGCCGCGACCGCAUGACCGCCCGCGAAGAGGCCAGCCUGAGGACGCUGGAGGGGCGCAGGCGUGCGGCCACGCUGCUCAGCGCGCGGCAGGGCAUGCUGUCGGCCCGCGGGGACUUCCUGAACUAUGCGCUCUCGCUGAUGCGCUCCCACAACGACGAGCACUCGGACGUGCUGCCCGUGCUGGACGUGUGCUCGCUCAAGCACGUGGCCUACGUCUUCCAGGCCCUCAUCUACUGGAUCAAGGCCAUGAACCAGCAGACCACGCUGGACACGCCCCAGCUGGACAGGAAGAGAACCCGUGAGAUUCUGGAGCUGGGUCUGGACAACGAGGACUCGGAACACGAGAACGAUGAAGACACCAAUCAGAGCUCCACUCUCCACGACAAGGAAGAGGACCCGGUGCCGGCCGAAACAGGCCAGAACCACCCCUUCUUCCGCCGCUCCGACUCCAUGACCUUCCUGGGCUGCAUCCCGCCCAACCCGUUUGAGGUGCCCCUGGCCGAGGCCAUCCCCCUGGCCGACCAGCCGCACCUGCUGCAGCCGAACGCGAGGAAGGAGGACCUGUUUGGCCGGCCGAGUCAGGGCCUGUACUCGUCCACGUUCAGUGCCAGUAAGGGCCUAUCCGAGCUGUCUCUGGACAGGAACUGCCUGGAGGUCCUGCCCACUAAGAUGUCGUACUCGGCCAACAUGAAGAACGUGAUGAGCAUGCAGGCGCGGCAGAAGGCCGGGGAGGAGCAGGCGGCGGCGGCCGAGGAGGAGAUGGAGGUGCCCAAGCCCGGCCCCUCCGCCCACGACCUGGCCGCCCAGCUCAAGAGCAGCCUGCUGGCCGAGAUCGGGCUGACCGAGAGCGAGGGUCCGCCCCUGCCCUCCUUCAGGCCUCACUGCAGUUUCAUGGGCAUGGUGAUCUCCCACGACAUGCUGCUGGGGCGCUGGCGGCUCUCCCUCGAGCUCUUCGGCCGCGUCUUCAUGGAGGACGUGGGGGCGGAGCCCGGAUCGAUCCUGACGGAGCUGGGCGGCUUCGAGGUGAAGGAGUCCAAGUUCCGGCGGGAGAUGGAGAAGCUGCGCAACCAGCAGUCGCGGGACCUGGCGCUGGAGGUGGAGCGCGACCGCGAGCAGCUCAUCCAGCAGACCAUGCGGCAGCUCAACGCCCACUUCGGCCGCCGCUGCGCCACCACGCCCAUGGCCGUGCACCGCGUCAAGGUCACCUUCAAGGACGAGCCGGGCGAGGGCAGCGGCGUGGCGCGCAGCUUCUACACCGCCAUCGCCCAGGCCUUCCUCUCUGGCGACAAGCUGCCCAACCUGGACUGUGUGCAGAGCGCCAGCAAGGGCAUGCAGGCCAGCAACCUGAUGCAGCGCCUGAGGAACCGCGACCGGGAGAGGGAGCGGCGGAGCGGCGGGCUGAGGGCGGGGUCCCGCAGGGACAGGGACAGGGAUUCCAGGAGACAGCUGUCCAUCGACACCAGGCCCUUCAGGCCGGCGUCCGAGGGGAACCCCAGCGACGAGCCGGACCCCCUGCCGGCGCACAGACAGGCCCUGGGAGAGAGGCUGUACCCCCGAGUGCACGCCAUGCAGCCGGCCUUCGCCAGUAAGAUCACGGGGAUGCUGCUGGAGCUCUCCCCCGCCCAGCUGCUGCUGCUCCUGGCCAGCGAGGACUCGCUGAGGGCCCGAGUGGAGGAGGCCAUGGAGCUCAUCAUCGCACAUGGAAGGGAGAACGGUGCUGACAGCAUCCUGACUGGGCUUGGCACUCCUAAGCGCAGUACUGGGGUACAGCAGGAGAACCGCAAGCGGCACGGCUCCAGCCGCAGCGUGGUGGACAUGGAGCUGGACGACCCCGACGACGGAGACGACAACGCCCCCCUCUUCUACCAGCCGGGCAAGAGGGGCUUCUACUCGCCCCGGCCCGGCAAGAACACGGAGGCCCGGCUCAACUGCUUCCGCAACAUCGGCCGAAUACUGGGUUUGUGCCUGCUGCAGAACGAGCUCUGCCCGAUCACCUUGAACAGGCACGUGAUCAAGGUGCUGCUCGGGAGGAAGGUUAACUGGCACGACUUCGCCUUCUUCGACCCGGUGAUGUACGAGAGCCUGCGGCAGCUGAUCCGCCACGCCCAGACCGGCGAGGCGGAGACGGUGUUCGCCGAGAUGGAGCUGGCCUUCGCCAUCGACCUCUGCAAGGAGGAGGGCGCCGGGCAGGUGGAGCUGCUGUCCGGCGGCGUGAACAUGCCCGUCACUCACCUGAACGUGUACGAGUACGUGAGGAAGUACGCCGAGCACCGCAUGCUGGUGGUGGCCGAGCAGCCCCUUCACGCCAUGAGGAAGGGUCUGUUGGACGUGCUUCCCAAAAACUCGCUGGAGGACCUGACGGCCGAGGACUUCAGGCUGCUGGUGAACGGCUGCGGAGAGGUCAACGUGCAGAUGCUCAUCAGCUUCACCUCCUUCAACGACGAAUCGGGAGAGAACGCAGAGAAGCUGUUGCAGUUCAAACGCUGGUUCUGGUCCAUCGUCGAGAAAAUGAGCAUGACCGAGCGACAGGACCUGGUCUACUUCUGGACGUCCAGCCCGUCUCUCCCAGCCAGCGAGGAGGGCUUCCAGCCCAUGCCCUCCAUCACCAUCCGGCCCCCAGAUGACCAGCACCUCCCCACCGCCAACACCUGCAUCUCCCGCCUCUACGUGCCGCUCUACUCCUCCAAACAGAUACUCAAACAGAAACUCUUACUAGCCAUCAAGACCAAGAACUUUGGUUUUGUGUAGAGGUUGACAAACAAGGUGUUUACUGUUGUGUAAUAUUACUAGUUCCAUUUUUGUAGUUUUUUUUUUUUUUUUUUUUUAAUUUGUCUAUACUAUUUUAUGAAAUUAAAAGCGCUGUCACAUCCCUGGCGGUAAAUCUUAUUUUAUUUUUUUUUGUAUUAUUAUUAUUUCUGAUGAUAUAUACAUUCCUGCAUUUGGGUUUGUAAAGUUGGAGGAGCCCAAGGCUCUUGGAUCAGCUCGAGACCAUAACUUCCAUUGCAUUUAGCCAGACGGUAAUCUGUUAGCUGAACCCCGGCCAAAGAUGACAGCAAAAAUAUAAAAUAAGGUUUCACUGUGAUUUUUUUUUCCCCCCGCCCUGAGAAGAAUGCUUAAUAUUAUUGAAAGUUCACUGCUGCCUUUGUGAAGUCUCAUUUUUUUCUUGUAUAGGGGGAGUAGGGUAUUUCAAAAUAAACUUGAGGAUGCAAAAUAUAAAAUUCA